AUGGUAUUCGUCGGAGAUGAUUCAACGGGCGAUUGGCUCAGUGAAUAUGGCAGUGCAACUGAGGUGAUACAUAUUGCAAAGACGAUCUGCUCGAAAUAUGAAAGGAUGGAGAAUACGAAGAAAAGCUCGGGCUACAAGAACUUCACUUGCGUUGUAACCGGUCCUCAUCGGGGAGCUUUGAAAGGGGAAUUUAUCUUGCAGUUCGAGACGCGUGAAAGGGAAUCCAUUUCAUUAACAAAAGAGGACUUGGAAAAGCGAAACACAGGAACUGGUUAUGAAAUCACUGACUUGCAACUUGAACACUUAUUUGCUGCACGUUAAUAUGGGUAAUAAACAGUACAUUGGCAAUCAAGGUUGCUGGGCGUACAAGUUGAACAGAUAUGCUUUAUUUGCAA